AUGCGUGGCUACGCCAAGCCGGUGAAGAAACUCAAGGGCAAGAACAAGGAGGUAGAGGAGGAAAGCCAGAGAGACAUGACUUCCAAGCGGUCUAAGGGCGUCGCGACCAACGACCUCAUCCCCGCGUCGCAGCGGAUCGUGGCGAGCGAGGAGUACAAGAAGGCAGAGGGCAAGAUGCAGACCGCACUCGAGUGGUUUAGGAAAGAGGUCGCCGGCUUGGAAACGCGCGCGACGGGACGCGUCACCCCUGCCCUGCUCUCGCCCGUACGCGUGAAGGUGCCAGGUGCUCCAGACGCACGCGGCGUACGCCUCGAGGAGGUCGCCACCGUCGGCGUGAAAGAGGGCACAACACUCCUUGUCACGGUCUUCGAAGAGCAUACGUUGAAAUACGUCGAGCAAGGCAUCUAUGACGCGAAGAUCCCUAGCGUCACGCCCCAGAAGGUUGACAACCGCACGAUCAAAAUUCCCGUACCGAAACCCACCGUAGAAACGCGCAACGCGUUAUACACGGGCGCGGCGCGUACAGCGGAGGACGCACGCGUUCAGCUGCGAAAGCAUCACCAGGUGCUGCUCAAGAAGGAAAACAUCGCGAAGCAUUCACCUGACUUCUCCACCUAUCAAGCCCUCCUGGACAAGUCACUUGCGGAACUGGACAAGAUCCUGGCCCACCUGAAGAAGACGACUGGCUGA